UGUCAUUGUCGUGGUAUGAAACGUGAACAAAAUAGUUUUGAAUUUAUCACAGAAAGUUUUUUAGAAUUAAUUAUUUAUAAAGAGUCCUGUGCUUCAUUUAAUUUCAUAUAAAAUCUCAGAGUAUGGACGACAGCAAUAUUCCUAUUGAUAUUAACAUAGGGAAGUUGCAGGACUGGCUUGUAAGCCGUCGACAUGUGAAUAAAGAGUGGCAGAAAAAUAUAAUAGCUGUAAGAGAAAAAAUUAACAAUGCUAUACAGGAUAUGCCCGCUCAUGACGACAUAGCAGCUUUACUAUCUGGCAGUUACAUUAACUACUUUCACUGUUUGAAGAUAAUUGAAAUCCUUAAAGAGACUGAAGCUGACACUAAAAACCUGUUUGGUCGAUAUGGUUCACAAAGAAUGAAGGACUGGCAGGAUGUAGUGAAGAGUUAUGAGAAAGAAAACUUGUAUUUGGCUGAGGCUGCUCAAAUGUUGGUCAGAAAUAUUAGUUACGAAAUACCAGGUCUGAAGAAGCAGAUAGCAAAAGAGGAGCAGAUGCAAACUGAAUGCGAAAAGAAACACACAGAUUAUUUAAAAAAUGAAGCUUCGUGCAAAUCAGAGUUCCUGACUCAAUGCAAGCAGCUCGGCAUUCAAGGAGAAAAGAUCAAGAGAGAGCUAGUAGAUAGGCUACAAGAAUUACCAGAGAUCUAUGAAAAGAUAGGAAAGUCUUUGAAACCACUCCUCCCUGGCAUUGAACUGUAUGCAGCAUUCACAAAGUAUGUAUUAGGAGAUAAGGCCACAGAAGUAUUGCCAUUGUUGCAGUACAUUGUUGAACAUGGCAAUACGACAGUGUACGAAUGGAGUUAUGGGGAACCUCCCUUAAGUGUGGAACCUGACCCUAUCCAUAUCGAGUUUGAUGAUGAAGAACAGGCAGCUGGUGACCAGAUUGAUUUUGGGGAUGCAGCCAUAGACUUUGGAAGCAUAGAUGUUGCAGCGGGUCAGAUAGACUUCGGUGAAGGUGAUGUGGCAGCAGAAAUUGACUGGGGAAAUAUGGACAAUGCAGCUGCUGGGGACUUGGACGUGGCGGUAGACAUCGCUAAUAUUUCAUUAGACGAGUCUGGUAUAGUGGUGGAGGAUCAAGGUAUGGGCGGUGGAGUGGCUCGGGGAAAGGAUGCUCUCACUCUGCUCGACAAUCCUUCUACCCGCAACCAGAUCAUAGACCAGUUAGUUGAGCUGGAGUCUUUCCUCAAAAUGCGCUUAUACGAGACUAACAGUAUGGAGACUGGAAGUUUCUCGUUAAUACAGCAGCUUCCCGUGGAGAGUGUGGACUCUUUAGCAGGCAUGCUGGCUGCGGUACAAGUAGAAGCGGCGCGUCUGACCGCGUCCGAAGCUAACCACUUGCAUAAUGUGAAGCACUCGCCUAGAUACGUGGACGUCCUGACCGGUCAGCUGAAACAGAAGCUAUCUUUAUGCGACAAGCUUCGUCGCCUAGCAACGCGCGCGGCAGAACAACGCGACUCUGCUGCGACACGGGCGCAUGAACUAAAACCCGCGCUACAACUCAUCAUAGCGAGGACUAGGGAACUGCAGGCCGAUAUCGAAAAUGACAUCUCAAAGAAGUACAAAGGCAGACCUGUUAACAUCAUUGGAGGCGUGAAGUUCUUAUAAAGAAAUAAAUACCUACGUAAUUAUAUCAUUUGUAUAAUAUAAAUGUCUGUUAUGAAUCGUUGACUUGUAACAUAAAUUAUAUUUUGUUAUAUAUUA